AUGGUAAAACUCACUGACGAUGCUGACUACGAUGCCGGAGAAACGUCUGAGAUUGUACCACGUCCAACGUCCGAAUUUGGAAAUGAUUAUGCAUUAAAUGGACCCCGGACUAGUCGUGGAGAGAUAUGUGCCCUAGAGCCUCUGUUACUGGAAGCACCUACUUCCUCAGGUCGCUCAUCUCUCUCAUUCCUCAAGCGUCUGCGUGGAGCGCGACCCUUCGGCACUGCCUUUUUCACCCAGUCCGCCAAAGAUGUCACCCGGUCACCGACUCUUGGUCUCUCUCCUACUCAUGGUUUAUCUAAUAAGUGCACGCAAAACGUUUCUGCCUCCAGUUCUUUCGCAAUCCCCUCUUCUUCACUUACCAGUCUUCUCUCGCUUAGGCGCCCCAAAGUAGAUGCCAUUACUACCGCCGAUAAUUUGGCCUCAAUCAUCCCGUCUCUGCGACCGCAUAAAGCCCCUGCCCAGCCUUCGUCAUGCACUGGCCGUUCAUUGCUUCUGGGGCCCUUCAGAGGUAGGAGGGUAUCCUCUCCAAAACAAGAGGUAGACAUCAAUAGACAUCUCGAUCAACAGGAUCUUCCAGCUGGUCUAGGACAGCAGGUUCCAGGUGCCAUUAAUGAAAUGGAAGCGGAGCUUGGUUGGGGCGAGGGUAUGAGAGAAGAGAAGGCCAAACAGAAAAUUCGAUCCAGAGCUUUUGGCAGUCUGGAUGACUUUGCACUAAUCGCUCUGGCCUCUUUUACGAGGCUAAUUAUUGUCAGUCUACAGCCGCAUUUCCAGGUGCUCUUCUGGACUCCACUAACAGUAAGACUACUUUGUCCACUAUACAAGCAGAAAAAAAUUCUACUAAGAUUUAUAGUUUUUAUAGGUCGCCUACGGUGA